GAUAUUUCCGUGUCUUUGUUUUACCGUCUAAGUAAAUGGUAACGUUAAAACAAACUUCCACGUGCCAAAAGCUUCCCUGUAAUGCGCUGGACCGACUCGACUAGUUAGGGACACUGCAGCUUGUUAGCAAGCCGGAAGUCAUUGAGCGACGCCCCCUUAGCCUAGCAUGGCUAACAUUAGCUACUGACGUCCAGUCGCGCACUCACGUUAGCGGCUAACUAGUUAGCUUGUAGAGAUUCGGAAAGCCGAGGGGCGAUGAUGCUAGCAGAUUAUUUGUGAGGAACGACCCGUAUCCACGUGCCAUGUCUUUGGUUUUCCCACGACCCAACACCAACGCAGUCCACGGCAAGAAGGAUAAGAGACUGAUGGCGGAAGUGAAUGCAUCGCCACUCAAGCAUUUUGUCACAGCAAAGAAGAAGAUCAACGGGAUCUUUGAACAGCUGGGGGUUUACAUUAAGGAGAGUGCUUCCUUUCUAGAUGAAACUCACAAAAAUGAAGAGCUGGAUCCAGUCACCACCGAGGAGCAGGUCCAGGAGGUCCGGGGUUACCUCGCCAAGGUGGCAGGCAUUGGAGAAGUGCUGGCCCGCAGGCAUAUGAAGGUGGUCUUCUUUGGGAGGACCAGUAAUGGGAAGAGCUCUGUGAUCAAUGCCAUGCUAUGUGACAAGGUGCUGCCAAGUGGAAUAGGACACACUACCAAUUGCUUCCUGAGGGUGGAGGGCACCGAUGGCAAUGAGGCUUUCCUUCUCACCGAAGGCUCCGAGGAGAGGAAGAGCAUAAAGACUGUGAACCAGCUGGCGCACGCUCUGCACCAGGACGAGGACCUGGACGCCGGCAGCUUGGUCUGUGUCAUGUGGCCUAAAGCCAAGUGUGCUCUGCUCCGGGAUGAUCUGGUGUUGGUGGACAGCCCAGGUAUUGAUGUUACCACAGAACUGGACAGCUGGAUCGACAAAUUCUGCCUGGAUGCCGAUGUAUUUGUUCUCGUGGCGAACUCUGAGUCCACACUGAUGCAGACGGAGAAGUCUUUCUUUCACAAGGUCAAUGAGCGUCUCUCCAGUCCCAACAUUUUCAUCCUUAACAACCGCUGGGACGCCUCAGCCUCUGAGCCUGAAUACAUGGAGGAGGUCCGCAGGCAGCAUAUGGACCGAUGCACCAAUUUCCUGGUGGACGAGCUCGGCCUGGUGGACCGAGCCCAGGCCAGUGACCGCAUCUUCUUUGUCUCUGCCAAAGAAGUGCUUCAGGCUCGUGUACAGAAGGCCCAAGGAAUGCCUGAAGCAGGUGGAGCUCUUGCUGAGGGAUUCCAAGCCCGAAUGUUUGAGUUCCAGAACUUCGAGAGGCGAUUUGAGGAGUGCAUCUCCCAGUCAGCGGUGAAGACCAAGUUUGAGCAGCACACAGUGAGGGCCAAACAGAUCUCUGAAGCCCUGCGCCGCAUUAUGGAUUCUGUACACAUUGCUGCACAAGAGCAGAGGAUCUACUGCCUUGAGACCAAAGAGGACCGUCAGGACCGAUUGGAGUUCAUAGACAAGCAGCUGGACUUGUUGAGCAUGGACUGUAAAGCCAAGAUCAAGAAGAUCACUGAGGAGGUGGAGAGACAGGUGUCCAAUGCCAUGUCAGAGGAGAUCAGGAAGCUGCAUGUGCUGGUGGAUGACUACCACAUGGACUUCCACCCAUCUCCAGUGGUGCUCAAGGUCUACAAGAAUGAGCUCCAUCGGCACAUAGAGAUGGGUCUGGGCAAGAACAUGUCGGAGAGAUGUUCCACUUCCAUCACCAGUGCUCUGCAGGCCACACAGACGGACAUGAUCGAUGGGCUGAAGCCUCUGCUGCCCAACCUGGUCAGAGAGCAGGUGGACAAGCUGGUUCCUCGUCAGUGCUUCAACCUCAGUUAUGACCUCGCCUGUGACAAGCUUUGCAGUGACUUUCAGGAGGACAUCAGCUUCCACUUCUCCCUGGGCUGGACCAUGCUGGUCAACCGCUUCCUUGGUCCCAAGAACACGCGGCGGGCCCUAAUGGGCUACAGCGACCAGGUCCCUCGACCAAUGGCCCUGACUCCAGUCAGCAGCAGCAUGCCUCCAUUCCCUCAGAGCUCUGUGACCCAGGAGGAGCUAAUGGUCUCCAUGGUGACUGGUCUUGCUUCCCUCACUUCCCGUACCUCCAUGGGUGUCCUUGUGGUUGGUGGCGUGGUGUGGAAGGCAGUGGGCUGGCGUCUGAUCGCCCUGUCAGUGGGUCUGUACGGACUCCUGUACAUCUACGAGCGGCUCACCUGGACCACAAGGGCCAAGGAGAGAGCCUUCAAGAGACAGUUUGUGGACUAUGCUAGCGAGAAGCUUCAGCUCAUAGUCAGUUACACUGGAUCCAACUGCAGCCACCAAGUCCAGCAGGAGUUAGCAGGUGUUUUUGCGCAGCUGUGCCAGCAAGUGGAUGUCACCCGUCAGAACCUGGAGGAGGAGAUCACUGACAUGAACAGCAAGAUCGAGCUCCUGGACGGCCUGCAGAGCAAAGCUAAGCUGCUGCGGAACAAAGCGGGAUGGCUGGACAGCGAGCUCAACAUGUUCACCCAGCAGUACCUCCACCACAGCAAGUGAGCCGCACUGACAAACCACCGGAGGGACACUGCCCUCCUGCUGACACACUUGUGUUUGGUGAACUUGAUUAGAGGAAAUCUUGCACAAUGUUGUGUACAUAGGAGGAGGAAUGGAAGGUUGUUUGUCUGGAGGAGUUACCGGCUGGUUGUGACAUGGAUACAUGGAGCGGAGUGGGACUCGUGUGCUCUGCUGGUCACAUGGUGACACAAGGAAGACUGAAAGUGAAUUAGCUAUUUGAUAGGUCACAACAUAAUGUUCAGUGGUGGUAAUAUUUAAGUGAGCAUAAAGCUGAGGUCACCAGCUGUAGUACAGUCCCAGCUCCCCAUGCAUCUUCAUUAUAACCAGAACCUGACGCCAAUUAACUCUUCCAAGUCAACUCCUGUUGGUUUUUAAUCUAUACGCUUAGAACACUGGGCAAGUGCCAUAAGGGACAAUGCAACAGGAUUUAUUCCUCCAGUUGCAGUGUUGUCACAUUUUUCCUUUCAGGAGGCGAGAAGGAAAGCUGCUUUUCACUGUUUGACGCUUAGCUCUUUGAGAACCGAACCAGAAACCUUAACUGUAGACCAUUUGUGAAGUGCAUUUCCUUUAUUGUUCUCUGAGAGUAAACCUACAUCUUUAUUUUUUGGGUAGUAAAGUAAUUUAAUAUAUUUUAGCUUGUUAAACAACAAAGGAGACCAUUAAAGUAUCUUAAAUGUUAACUUAAAGGCCAAUGAGGGUAGACGAUGCACAGAGGAAUGAGAUGUAUUCACACACUGCUGAUUCUCUGAUGAAUGAGAUGAACGAGUUGUAACGUUUGGCAUAGCUACACAUUACAAGGAACUGACUUCAACAUCUUCCUGGGUUGCUGUUUUUAAAACGUUAGAGCCUAUCAGCGUACGGGUUAUUUGGGAGUCCCUCAGAAAGCUCUGGAAUGAAUGUCCCAUAGCAGAAAUCCUGAGUGAAGAGAAAUGUGUUUCUGUAAAACAACAGAUUUCAUAUCAUUAUGACAUCAAAUCUGAAUCAAUCUAAAUAGUUUGGUCUCUGCUCUGACGCGUGAGUCCGGUCCGCUGGGACAAAAUCAGUACAUUUUCCAAUUGAAAGGGCUCUCACUGACCACAACCAUCGUUAUUGUCUCCAUACAUAUCUAAUAAAGGCUCUGUUUCUAAAGCAAACAUUUGGAUGAGAUGGAAGCGUCUGGGGACUCCUCACGACUAGUUGGACUUGCACUGAAUGCAGAUGUAGACCAGGCGCCGUGGCCUUCUUGCUCUCCGGCUCUUUCCAUAUAGAUUCCACUUUAAAGCCAAGAACUAUUCAUUUGAACACAUGUGUCUAGCGUGUUGAGGUCUCAGUUGGGCCAUCCUGUAGAUUACAUCCAUACACUGUGUCCUGCCAAGUGAGCAGAAGGCUGUCGUACCACCUGGUUAGUUAAAAUAUGCACUUUAUCAAUUUCCUGUUUUUUGAAUUAAUUUUCCUUCCAUAAAGUAGUUGUGUUUGGCUUGAGGAAGUGAAGGUACCUGCAUGCAGUGGCUAUUGUAGUUUGUUGUCCAGUUAAAUGUCCAAAUGUAUGUAUGUAUGAAUGUAAAAAUAAAGACAUCAUGCAAGA